AUGUUAAACAUUAUUCUAUGUCACCGUAUGUUACGAAUUGGUUAUAAUGAAAAGAAACUUUGGAGCAGAUCGUUUAUGACAUGUUCAAUUAAAUCACGAAGACAAAUUAUUUAUCACGAAGGAGUUUUAUCUUACACUUUGACACGUAAUCCAAUAACUUCAAGAAAACGUCAUCAAAAGAAGAAGCUAAACAUUAAAGAAAUAACAGAAAAUGAAGAAGACAGUUUGAUGCACCUUAAAUCUUGGUUAUUAACAAAGAAUUGUUCAUCAGUUUAUAAUCUUACUCCAUUUAACUUUCUUAUUACUGGUAGAGGAUUAAAAACAUUGAAAGAUAUUAAAAUCAAUGAUAUAUUAAUCAAAUUACCUUAUGAAAUCUUAAUAACAACAUCUAUAUUAUCUCAAAGCAAUGUCAAUAUUUUAUUUUCAAAUAUUGACCAUUAUAGUGCACAGUGUGUAUUAGCAGCAUUUAUUACAUAUGAAUCACAUUUAGGAAAUGCAUCAAAGUGGCAUCAUUACAUCAAUAGUUUACCAAGAAAUUUAACAAAUCCAGAUUUUUGUACACAAAAAGAAAAGAAUCUAUUGCCAAAAUUUAUUAUAGAUUAUAUGCAUGAGUUUCAUAAAGUAUGUAAUGAUUUUCGAUUACUAAUUAAAUCUAUAAAUAAUUUAAAGUUAAAUAAAGAAGAUCAUUGCUCUCAUUGUAAUUUACAUCUUAAAAAAAUAAUCACGUUUGAAAAGUACAAAUGGGCAUAUUAUAUUGUUAAUACAAGAGCUAUAUACAUAGAUGAAGCUGAAAUCGAGACAAAUCAAAAUAUUAAUAUUAAUAUAAAACAUCCAAAUAAUUUAGCUUUAGCACCUUUCUUAGAUUUAUUUAAUCACAGUAUAUAUAGCACUAUACACGCAUCUGUAGUUACAAACAAAAAUGGGAAUAAAUUCUAUCAAAUUAAUACUUUAAAUUCAUUUAAUUCAGAGUCACAAGUUUUUAUUAAUUAUGGUGCACAUAAUAGUCUUAAAUUAUACAUCCACUAUGGUUUCUUUAUACCAUAUAAUCCAUUAGAUGAAAUUUAUUUCGAUAUUUCUGAUAUAAAAAUUUGUUUUGAUAUCCCGAAAUUUAAAUUAGAUUUCAUUAUUUCCAAUAAUUUACAAAAAAAUAUGGCAUUUAUAAGAGAUGGCUUAAAUUAUAAUGCAAUAUGUACAUUAUUUAUAAUGAAUACACAAUUACAGAAGGAUCAUUGGAAUAUAAAAAUAUAUGGAAAUUCUCUUACAUCAGAAGAUAAAAUAUAUAUAUAUAAUAUGGCAAAAUUAAUUUUAAAUUUGAAAAAAAAUGAACUAUUAAAUCAUUUGAUCAGUAUGAAAGAACUUAAAUAUCAUACACAGGGUUUUUCAAUUGCAGUAAAUCUUAUAGAAGAAUAUAUUACAAUAUUAAAUGAAUCAUAUAAUAGUCUUUUGUUGCAGUGGAAACGUAAUUGAUCGUACACGCAAAAAAAAGUCUAUUAUAAGUUCUGUGAAAUUUCCAUUGAUAAUUCCUGGAUUUAUUGGAGGGAAAUCAGGACAACCAAAAAGAGAUUGUUUUCAUCCUGGUGUAUCUAGUUUAAGUCGUGAAAAUAUUGAUAUUCAAGAAAAAGAAGCAAUUAAAUCUGCAAAUAUGAUUAAAGCAAUGCUUAGAUAUAUUUGGCCAGAAGAUAAUCCAGAUAUUCGGAAAAGAGUUAAAAUAGCUGUUGGUUUACUUGUUGGUGCAAAAGUUUUAAAUGUUGGUGUGCCUUUUAUUUUUAAAUAUACAAUAGAUACUCUUAAUACCCAACACAUGGCAGCUACUGGUAAUGCCAUUUUAAGUCUUGGAAAUGGAAUAGCACGUGCUGGUGCAGCUGGAUUUAGUGAAUUGAGAAAUGCAGUAUUUGCAAAAGUUGCUCAACAUUCUAUUCGUAAAAUAGCCAAAAAUGUAUUCUUACAUUUGCAUAAUUUAGAUAUGGCUUUUCAUUUGGGUAGACAAACUGGAGCAUUAUCAAAAACAAUAGAUAGAGGAAGUCGUGGUAUAAAUUUUGUAUUAAAUGCCAUGGUAUUUAAUAUUGUACCUACUGUUUUUGAAUUAUCAUUAGUCAGUACAGUGUUAUAUUUAAAAUGUGGAGCAGAAUAUGCAACUAUUGCUCUUGGUUGUGUUGGAAUUUAUGCUUUAUUCACAUUAGUUAUUACUCAAUGGCGAACGAAAUUUAGAAUUUUUAUGAAUCAAGCAGAAAAUGAAGCAAGUAAUAAAGCAAUAGAUUCACUUAUUAAUUAUGAAACAGUAAAGUAUUUUAACAACGAAAAAUUUGAAGCUGAAAGAUAUGACGAAUCUUUAAAGAAAUAUGAAAUUGCAUCACUUAAGACAACUACUAGUUUAGCAAUGUUAAACUUUGGACAAAAUGCUAUAUUUAGUGCUGCAUUGAGUUUAAUAAUGGUAUUAGCAUCAAAUAAUAUUAUAGAGGGCACUAUGACAGUAGGAGACUUAGUAAUGGUUAAUGGACUUUUAUUCCAAUUGUCAGUUCCCUUGGGAUUUUUGGGCUCAGUAUAUCGUGAAGUUAGACAGGCUCUUAUUGAUAUGCAAACUAUGUUUACUUUGAUGACAAUGGAUAUUGUUAUUAAGUCCAAAGAGAAUGCAACACAAUUUCAUAUAACUUCAAAAAAUUCAGAUAUUGAAUUUAAAAAUAUUAGUUUCCAAUAUAUUGAAGGCAAGUCUAUUUUUAAAAAUAUUAAUUUUACUAUUCCAAGUGGUAAAAAAAUUGCUAUUGUUGGAGGAUCUGGUUGUGGUAAAACAACAUUAAUAAGAUUAUUAUAUCGAUUUUUUGAACCACAAUCUGGAAGCAUUUUUAUAAAUGGACAUAAUAUUCAAGAUAUUGAUUUGAAUAAUUUAAGAAAAUCAAUAGCAAUUGUUCCUCAGGAUACUGUUCUGUUUCAUGAAAGUAUUUUUUAUAAUCUCCAUUAUGGUAAUUUAUCGAGAUGUAAAGAGGAUGUUUUUGAAGCUGCCAAAAUGGCAAAUUUACAUGAUUCAAUUCUUAAAUGGCCAAAAGGAUAUGAUACACCUGUUGGAGAACGUGGUUUAAAAUUAAGUGGUGGUGAAAAACAACGAGUAGCAAUUGCUAGAGCAAUUUUAAAAAAUAGUCCAAUACUAAUUUUUGAUGAAGCUACAUCAUCUUUAGAUUCUAUUACAGAACAUAAUAUUCUUGAAGCAUUACGUAGAGCAACCGUUGGCCGGACUUCUAUUGUUAUAGCCCAUCGAUUAUCUACCGUUAUGGAUUCAGAUGAAAUUUUUGUAUUAGAUAAUGGUAGUUUAAUUGAAAGAGGAACACAUGAUUCUUUAUUAGCUAUGCCAAACUCUUUAUAUUACAAAUUGUGGGAAACACAACAUAUGGGAAUGCUCAAAUCUAGUCAAGAAAAAGAUAACUGUAGAACUCCAGGAGUUUAA